CAAAAACACUGCCAAGACGUCGAGGAAGCGAAUGAUGCAAUCGUCAGAUGUCGAUCAGCCACGCUAGUCAAAAGCACUACUGUGUGUAAGCACCGACUAGAAUACUCUAGGAUUCUUGGCUUCCGGUAACUGUGCCAUUUCCGAAUUACAUUUAAGAAAUCAUGAGGUAUUGGCACAUAGGGAAGCUCUCUAUGCUUUCAUAUCAAUUGCCUGAGAAAUUUGACACGACGCCCGAUCGCAAAAGAAUAUCAUUGAGAUAAGGAAAUACCGUUCUCCCAGCUACCAAACCAGAUGCAUUAUACUACCACCUCGACCACCUUAAUAGGCCUUGCUCUCUGGAGUAGCGCCGCAUCGGCGGUCUGCACAGGCUGGGACCAUGAUCGUAUCGUUAUCGACGACGCUUACGGCUUCUCGAAUCAUCAAACACAGGCUCUCGACAACAUGAUUUGCCCAGCCGACUCGCAGUCGUCUUGCCAUUUCAGCCCCAGGACCUACGAUAUUACCGCGGAACGCACGCUGGAAUCGGGCAUUCAUACGCUGGACCUGCCCGAAGAUGAAACCGACGCCAUCUUCAAGCUCGCGCAGGACGCGUUCAACGAAGACGUAAAAGAGCCGUGGGAAUUCAAGACAAUCAAGACGAACGUGUCAAGCGAGGUGGAGGCCGGCACGAUCAUCUUGGAGGUCAAGCCUGGCAUUAACAAAACUCUGCUGUGGACUUCUUUCUACGGGUACUCCAUUGGUGUGCUAAGCGGGUGUACCAAUGAGACGUUGAACAAUAUGACGGUCAUGGCGGGGACGCCUCAUUUUCAGAAAGAGCCGCGGCUGAAUAAUCGAACGGUUCUCGCCGGCACUUGGGGCGCUUCGUGGCCUAAUGAUGACGAUAACGCGGAGGAUGAUGAUGAUGAUGAUGACUCGGGGGCGUCGCCAUUGAAGAGUGGUACAACGGCUGUAUGGGUGAUUGCUACAAUGGCUCUUGCGUACUUCUUCUAGAUCGCAGAUUCCAC